AUUUCAGGGGUCGCUUUUUCUCUGUCUCAAUAGCUGUCUACAAACGUGUGGACGUGGUACGUGCUCCUUUCUUUCCAAAUUUCAUAUUGUCAUCAUAAUCAAUGGUCACGAUCGCUCGCAUUAAUUUUUUCCGAUGGCUAAUCCUGACCGUCUGUCGAGAUCCAUCAAUCCCGAUACACGUAAAAGAGCGGGAAAACUGUGACAGACCAGUAAGAAUUAGGAACUAAACGGUCACGUCUAUAAGCGGAGCAGUGACCGAUCCGCUGGUCACAGUCAUUUGCAACAAGCAGAGCUCCCGAAGGAGGACGAUGGCGCCCAAGAAACGCAGAGAGGGGGAGGCUCCGGUAGACACUAGUACGACAUCGGUAAGGGUGACUCGGAGCUCGACUCGCCGGCUCGGUGCGAAAGCCAACGACUCAGUGGCUCCUGCUCCUGCACCGCCGGAGCGGCCGAAGAAGAAAGUCAAGAAGACCGAGGACGUGAAAGAACCGGAGAAGGUUGCCGAUGGUUCCAAAACGAUUGUUAUAGAGCAUUGCAAACAGUGCAACUCAUUCAAGACAAGAGCUACUCAAGUAAAGGAUGGAUUAGAGAAGGGUGUGUUGGGUAUCACCGUUGUUGUCAACCCAGAAAAGCCAAGAAGAGGAUGCUUCGAAAUUCGGGAGGAAGGUGGCGAGAAGUUCAUCAGUCUUCUGGUAAAACUCAUGCCUCAUCAUUCACAGUAUCAUGGGAAGGCACUAUGUUUUUAUGCCAUAAUCAUUUUAUUCGUUUGCAGUAUAUUCUUAUUUUUUCUUCAAUGGUUUGCAAUUUUAUACACCAUCAUUUGUGAUACUUAAGUAACUAGAAUUGCAUACACUGAAUCUGCCCCACCAGAUUUUAAUCUGACCCUGAAAUUGUGUUGGAUGAAAAUAAGUAUUUUGAUGAUGAAGAAAUAUGCAUUAGGGUAGAUUACUAUGAAGAAA